CUCGCAAUGCUCACUCUUCGCGGAGUAUCAAAAAUGGCUGACAACGGGGAUGGUCCAAGCAAUACAUCCUCUGGAAAAAAUACAAGAAUAAAUGUGUCUGAUGGUCCAAUAACUGAUCCAGCAUCAACAAUCAAGCUAACAAAAAAUAAAAAAAAAAGCCUAGAGGCUUCAAAUAAUGCCUUUCACGGCCCGAGAACAAAAUUAGAAUCCAAAUCUGGAGCGUUAAAAAAAUCGAGUCGGUACCGAAGUAGGUCUUUAUCAGCUAGCAGUAAUGACAGCUACAGUUCUGCGUCUUAUACAGGAAGUUCAUCUGGAGAAGACGAUGUUUCACCGCGGGAAAAAAUUCAGAAAACGGAGAAAGGAUUUACGGAUUUUUGUGUGAGAAAUAUCAAUCAGUAUGCAUUUGGAAGGCGAGAAAUAGAAAUUGCUGAGCAAGAGAUGCCCGGAAUAAUGGCGUUGCGUCGACGUGCUGCUGAAGAUAGACCUCUAAAAAAUGCCAAGAUUGUCGGGUGUACCCACAUAAACGCACAGACAGCGGUCUUGAUCGAGACACUGGUAGAAUUAGGCGCACAAGUGCGAUGGGCUGCUUGUAAUAUUUACUCAACGCAAAAUGAAGUCGCAGCAGCUCUUGCUCACGCAGGGUAUCCUAUUUUUGCAUGGCGAGGCGAGACCGAGGAAGAUUUUUGGUGGUGCAUCGACAAGUGUGUCUGCGCUGAAAAUUGGACAGCAAAUAUGAUUUUAGACGACGGUGGAGAUGCUACACAUCUCAUGCUCAAGAAAUAUAAUAAUAUGUUUAAAUCUAUUCAAGGAAUCGUUGAAGAGAGCGUAACCGGAGUGCAUAGACUAUACCAGUUAUCAAAAGCAGGAAAACUUUCAGUUCCUGCGAUGAAUGUUAAUGACAGUGUAACAAAAACAAAGUUUGACAAUCUCUACAGCUGUCGCGAAAGUAUAAUCGACAGUUUAAAGCGUUCAACGGAUGUUAUGUUCGGAGGUAAACAAGUUGUAAUCUGCGGGUACGGGGAGGUCGGCAAAGGCUGUUGUCAAGCUCUAAAAGGUCUCGGUUGUAUUGUUUAUAUCACUGAAAUCGAUCCGAUCUGCGCUUUGCAGGCCAGCAUGGAUGGUUUCCGUGUUAUGAAACUCAACGAAGUAAUAAGAAACGUCGAUAUCGUUAUCACGGCAACUGGCAAUAAAAACGUAGUAACACGUGAGCACAUGGAUAAAAUGAAAAAUGGUUGUGUUGUUUGUAAUAUGGGUCAUAGCAAUACUGAAAUUGAUGUCAAUAGUUUACGAACACCCGAUUUAACUUGGGAAAAAGUCCGCUCGCAAGUAGAUCAUGUAAUAUGGCCAGAUGGAAAACGUAUCGUGCUUUUAGCUCAAGGACGAUUAGUUAAUUUAUCAUGCUCCAGUAUUCCGUCAUUCGUUGUAUCAAUCACCGCCGCCACUCAAGCUUUAGCCCUUAUUGAACUAUUUAAUGCCCCCGCAGGACGUUAUAAGAGUGAUGUUUAUUUACUACCUAAAAAAAUGGAUGAGUAUGUGGCAUCACUACAUUUGCCAACAUUUGACGCACAUUUGACAGAGCUUACCGAUGAACAGGCCAAAUAUAUGGGUCUAAACAAAGCUGGACCAUUUAAACCUAAUUAUUACCGUUACUAGUUGAAAAAGCAAGAGAGCACACAUAAAAUGCGGCAAUCUUGUAUGAGAAUAAUUUAAUCAAGAACUAUAAUUUAUGCAACUGCUUUAGUUUAAAUAAUUGAAAUAACCAUCUGAAAAGAAAAUACACAAAGUAUUAAUAUACUAUCAUCAUUUAUUUAUGAAU